AUGUUCUGUACCCGCAGACCGCCAACUCUAUCUAUAAAUGAGUUGAAUCAUAUUCUCACCGAGUCUCUCGACUUGGAAAGAUUCGAAAACGUUAACGUUCCCGACACUGUCUUUCACGACCCACUGCCUUCGAACUCAGAAAAACCGAAAACCUCAACAUUUCACCGCCUGUUCGCUCGCUCAUCAUCACAUCUACCUCUCACUCCACGUUCGCCCACGAAACAGGUAGACGAGCCUGUCACACCGAGCCCUCGCAAGAUGGCAUUUACUUGGCGUUUAUCCCGUUUAUCGCCCCAUAAGUCUCGCCGAGCUGAGGAUCAACCGGUGGAAGACAUCCCAAGUGUCUUGUUAAAUCGUUCUCGCUCGUCGUCUGGAUGCAGUGUCACUUCUGCCGUUUUAUCACCUUCCAGAGCACUGACUAGCAUGUCUUCAACCUCUAGUCUUGGUUCAGUGAUACCCACAUCUGAGCGUCUCUCUAAGCAUCUCGCGGAAGUAGUGGCAUCUACGGAAAUAGGAAAUGUGGCCCUCAGUACAAGGAGAUCCCCCUCACCAGUUGCCACAACACGUUCUCGGCUUUCUCCGAUUCAAACGGCUUACUUUCCACCCACACCGCGCUCACCGCUACAGCUCCUAUUUGGUAUUAAAUCAUCACCGAGUAACACAUGCAGAGGACCAAUGACGAGUCCGGACGUCAUGGAAAUAGGAUCGGACACCUCAGCAAUAGAAUGCAACGUCGUCGAACCUAUCGAUGAUAAUGCCACACCUCGAGCGACUGGAUUUGCCAUUUCGUCGCAUAGAAGUAGUGACAGUACUGUCCAGUCUAAAACAAGACGACGUCCCUCAGCAUUGACACUGGUUCUUCCUCCUCAAGAGAUUGCAUCUCUCUGCCUUCAACCAGCGGUUGGAGCAUCACCUCACGUACCUUCUGAUACUGAAAGUUCCGUCUCUGCGUGCUCCCUCCCAUCUCCUACUGCAUCCAUACCAUCAUGCCAACCUUCAUCCCGCAUUCCUUCAGCCUCACCUAGCGCACCUAGAUCGUCUACCUCAACGAAUUCUUCUUUCCCCUGGUCUCGUGCACGGGCCGGUUCCCGUUCCAUACUGACACCGCCAUUGCCGGGACCUCCACCCAGUAGCCCCCUUCCUCCACUACCCACUUUAACGGCACCGAAUUCGGAUGUUAUCACGCCCCCCAACGCUCCAGUUCCACUUCCAACAAUCAACCCGACUCCCUCAAAAUGUGCUCGUACUCCUGUGCGUACUGACUCGCCUUUAGGCACAGUUGCGAUCCCUCCUUCUCCUGGAAGCCUGCGACUUCCUUCUCGUUUAAGCUGGGGUGCUACAGGACGCAUUGUGGUUCCUCUUCCCUCAAGUCUACCAAGUCCGCCUUCCUCUCCUUCAAAAGUAGGGAGAAAUAGAGAACUUUCUCCGUGUUCCCCUGCCAAUAACGGCAUGUCCAAUGCCACUUCCCCUGUCCUAGGCAAGCGUGCGAGUAUCGGGGUAUUAGAGGCAGCCGAUGAUUUGGAAGCUCAAGUGCGACUCAUGAAGAGCAUACUGGUACCAGGCACUCGACGUUCAAAGGGGGCGCUCAGCUGUUCCGAUUCACCUCCGAAACGCGUGCAGAUUCAUGCUGAGGCUAACCCCGAGCCCGCAACUCCAUCAAAAAAAACAAGGAGGAAGUCGAGUGCUGUUUCCACAAUACCCUUUCUAGCGGUUCCGCGGGAGCGCAGAAGAUCUGCUCCCCUGCUGCGAAGCGGAACCACAUCAAAGGAUACGCUCAUCCCUUCUGCAUGUGCAGACUGGACAUUGUCGUUGCCUUUCUGCAUCGAUAUACCAGGAAGUGGCAUAUGUGUACCAACGCCUCCUUCAGAGGACGGGGGCCUUCAUGAAGCCGAUAAGGCUCUACAAGCAGCACAAUGGGAUGACUGGACCCUUUCCCUCGGUGUAGAUCGCCAGAAUCUCACAAUGACUGGGGCAGGUGUGGUGAGCCAAAGUUUGCAGGCCAAGGACAACGCAGAAAAUCAAAAUCCUGUUACUGCGCAGCUUCCUACGCCUAGUGCUACCCCUGAGCCCGAGGAUGACCUUCCAACAUCAUCUCUGCCCGCCCUCUUCACGCCUUUCCCCCGGCCAGAUUCUCCCGCGAGCCUCGGUCCUCACAAUGGUGGCCUGGACCUUGAUGGAGGUUGUGGGAAGCGAGGUUCUGGUUGGGAUGCUUGUGGGUGGUAUGGGCUCAUGGACGAACCCCAAUUUAAGGACAGAAGACCUGUCUCUGUGCUUCACUCGGAAGCUUCGUGGAUCCGCCAGAGCUGUGACUCUGAUGCUCCCCGGAGGGGUGAUGUUGAUCACGCUUUUACCCGAAGGAGCCACAAGGAAUGGAUACGUUCCCCGAGCGAGGAUAGCACUGCGACAAGUUGUACUGUGGACACCCUUUUUUACAGUGCUCGCACCAGUAUACGUGUUAUAUGA